AUGGCAAAUUCUACAAAAACACAAGAUUCUUUUGAAUCUUGUUACUCUUGUAUUUUUGAAAAUUCUCAAGAUUCACAAGUUGAUUCGUUACAAGAAACAUUGAAUAGCAAAGUUUUCUUGUUGCCUUCUUCAUACAAUGAUAUCUGGUUGGUUAAUCAGUUAAACCAGCUCAAAUUAAUUAGUCAAAAUGAUGACAAAUUGAAUGAAUUAAAUAAUUAUGUUGACACUUUUAGUGAUAAUGAAGAACAAUUUUCUAGUGAAAACAAUUCAGUAAUUCAAGAAGAGGCAUUUUCAGAUAAUAUUAAUAAUUAUAAUUUCUUUGAAAAAGAACUUGUUUCAAAUACCAAAUUAUCUGAUAUAGUUAAAAACAAGCUAUUAUCAAAUAAGGUUACUACCACCACUACUACUGACUAUAGUAAUAAUCAUAAUAAUAAUCAUUUUCAUCUUAACCCAAAAAAUUUCUCCUUUGAAAAUCAGAAUUUUUUUUCUGAAGAAGACAAUAUUUUGAUUGAUGAGUUGGUUAAAGAUUCUUUAGUUUAUCUUGAUCCUAUAUAUUCUACAAAUAACGAAUUUGAAAAUUUGAAUGUUGGUAUCACUAGUAACAACAAUAGUAAUAACAGUAGCAACAGUAAUAUGGGAGAAAGCAUUCCAAACUGCACUAACUGUUUUACUCAAGAUGAAAUUGAUGGAAUUAAGGAAAUCCUCUCUCAAGAUUGUUGA